AUGACGGUCGGGGUACUGGAAUUUUAUAGUGGUAUAGGUGGCCUUCACCUUGCCCUCGCCAGAAGCAGCGUCGAUGCAAAGGUUAUUCAGGCUCUUGACUGGGACCAAACCGCGUGCAAUGUUUACCGCGCAAACCAUGGCAAUGUCGCCAGAAAAGUAGAUAUAUCUACACUUACUGCAACAGAACUGUCCAGAUUGAAAGCAGACCUUUGGUUGCUUUCCCCCGCUUGUCAACCAUACACCGUCUUGAAUCCAAACGCGAAAGGAGCAGACGAUCCAAGAGCACAGUCAUUCAUCCAUCUAGUGAAGAAUGUACUACCAGCAUUGGCUUCUUGCGAUGACCACCCACGUCGGUUGCUUGUUGAGAAUGUAGCAGGAUUCGAGGAUUCAACCACACGCCAAACCUUGGUGACCACUCUUCGAUCCAUUGGCUACAAUACUGUUGAGCUCUUGUUGACUCCUUUGCAAUUCGGCAUCCCAAACUCCCGAUUGCGUUAUUAUCUCCUCGCCAAAAAGGCACCUCUCGCUUUCAAACACGUUUCUCCUGGUGCCUCCAACGAAGUUUGGCGUCAAAUACCUGGAUCGGGGCCAGCUUGGUCAGAUUCCCGCCUGGAUAUCGAGAAAGAUUCGACGAUCGACCUUUCUGAUAUCUUGGAAAUCAAAAGCUAUUUAGACAAGCCUUCAGACGAGGAGAAGGCAAAUGAGAAUGCAGUUCCGGAUAAGAUUUUACUGAAAUGGGGUCGAUUGUUCGACAUUGUCAAGCCGUCUUCCAAAAGGACAUGCUGUUUUACCCGCGGCUACACUCAACUUGUGGAAAGGGCUGGGUCCAUUCUCCAAGAGAACGAACAAUUAGAUACAACUUCGACGUUUGAUGAGUUCCUCGAAGCACAAUCCUCAGGACAUCCCAAUGCCGUUGAUAUUUUGCAUCCAUUGAAGCUGAGGUAUUUCUCACCUUCUGAGCUCCUUCGUAUAUUCGCAUUCGAAUCUAUCGGCACCGACGCCAAAUUCAUCUGGCCGGACAAUGUAUCGAGAAAAACAAAGUAUAAAUUAAUUGGCAACAGUGUUAAUGUGAAGGUCGUCCAAGAGCUCAUCGAAUAUCUUUUCGAUGAAUGCGAAUCGGGUUAA